AUGUUCGCAAACAAAUCCACGAAAUAUCCCCUCACGCUCGUUGUCUCUCUUGUGUUGAUUCUCUCUCUCCUCCCCGUUUCCGAGGCCAGCGAUUUUCAGCCAGUUCUCCGUAGAAGUCACGGUCUCAUUAAGAAGCGUCUUCCGCUAGGCCCUCUCAUUGGUGCUGCCCCUGACCCAAAGACAGCGGAUACGGCCUCGUCGUCUUCAUCAUCAUCUGGCAGCAGCGCUGUGCUCAGCUCUUCCUCUCGAUCUUCCUCUUCGGCUAGUAGCUCCACUCCCAGCGCUUCGGCUAGCGUAAUUUCCAGCGCGAGCAAAAGCAGCAGUACCAGCAGCGCCACUAGCAGCAGCAGCAGCAGCUCUAGUUCAACCUCAACGACCUCAGCCCCUUCCUUAACCUCAUCCAGCUCAGUCCCUAAUAACACCAACACUUCGGAAUCGCUCAAGGUCACCCAGCCCGGGCCCGACGAAGUGGUGGUGGUUGAGACCAACUCCGCUGGCAAUCAAGUCACCGUAACACAGACGACCGCCAACGCUGCUCAGACGGAUGCCCAAAAGACUCAAGCAGGAGCGACGGCCAGUCAUAAUAAAGCCAAGUCCACCGCUUUGACCGUCUUGAUCGUCAUUGCUUCCUCUGUCGGUGCUGUUCUCCUUUUCUGGACCAUCUUCCGCAAGUGGAAGCUCGCUCGAUCCUCCAAGUUUGACCAGCGUCUUGAACCGAUCAACUGGCAGCCCACCAACAGCGACGAGGGUAUCAUUCCCGCUAAUCGUAGGCGUAAUUCCACGGCUUCGUCGUUCCGCUCUGGUUACGGUGCUACUUCCGGCGCGGGCCACGCUGGUUCUGACCACGGCCAUCGCCUUGAUGUUCCGGACCAUGACUUCACCGCUGGUCCUGCACCUGUUGGCGGAUAUGCAGACCUUGCUCGUGGUCCAAGCCCCCAGCCUAUGCAACAGCUUGGUCGCGGCCCUAGUCUCACUCGGCCUAACUAUGAUGUCGGAGUACCUCUUCACCACCAAGCACCCUAUGGUGGUAGAUAUUAG